UUUAAACUUCGUAACGACAGUCCCAAUAAAAUGCGAGCUUCCGCCUACAGUCUUUCGCCUGUCUGUGAAAAAAGUCAACGUCUUCUUCAAUAUCCUCAGAAGCUUCUUCUGAUUUCUAAUGAAGAUUUUUUCUUUCCUUUCCUGCAUUCGCUUCAUUUUAAGCCAAUGCGUCGAAUCCCUAGAGUGCCUUACAAAGUACUUGAUGCACCUGAACUCCAGGAUGACUUUUAUCUAAACUUAGUUGAUUGGUCUUCGCAGAACAUGCUUGCAGUUGGCUUAGGGACUUGCGUGUAUUUGUGGAGCGCGAUAACUAGCCAGGUAUUUACUUUCUUAUCGUUAUGGUUGGAAAAGAAUUCAAAAGGAAACUUGCCUUUGUGGGGUCAAUACGUAGCAGUAGGCACUUAUCGAGGCCAUGUGCAAAUCUGGGACGUGCAUUCGAGACAGUGCCUGCGUUCAUUGAGUGGACAUCUGGCUCGCGUGGGCGCUCUGGCCUGGAACUCUGAUUUACUUGCAUCUGGUAGUAGGGAUAGAUUUAUUUUGCUCCGGGAUACCCGAGCCUCGCACAGCACCGGCGGUGGCCCAGCUGCCCCACUUCCUAGGGCACCCAUUGGUGGCACUCAACAAGACGUUGGUGGGCACUCCGGCAAUGGCCGUAUUACGAGCGCUGAAGAUAUUUCGCGUCUAGCUGGCAUAUCUCCACUCCCAUCCAGACGGGUACGUUUUAAGCUAGUGCUCUUCACUUUCCUGUGCCACGUUUCAAGUACUCUGUGA